UCCCCUCAGACUUCUAGAGCAAGAAAGAAGAGAACGAAUAUAUGUUUGCGUGUGUGUGAGAGAGAAAGGCGAGUUGUAUUAGUGGGCAAGCCUGCAGAAUGAGGAGUAAGCGUGCAUGAAUAUGGAUGUGGAUGUUUAAUUGUAUGACAAGGUAGCCAAAAGAAGAGGAACUGCUUGUAUAAGAUGCACACACAGACAAGUACUCCCUGAUUAGUUAGACACACCCUGAAGAUUAUUAGUGAAGAACGCUAAGAGCAAGGGAUUCCCUUAAAGAGAAAGAGAGACAAAAGAAAGAGAGAAGGAUGAGGUACCGCCGCAGGGAAGCUGGAGAAGGUGCUGUAAGGUUAGUCAUGGAGAACGCUCUCUCUGCAAGAGAUCGGGUCGGUGUUCAAGACUUCCUGCUCUUGGAGAACUACAAUAGCGAAGCGGCCUUCAUUGAAAACCUGCGGCGACGUUACAGAGAGGGCCUCAUAUAUACAUAUAUUGGAUCAGUGCUGGUGUCGGUGAAUCCUUACAGAGAAUUGGAGAUUUACUCCAAACAGAACAUGGAGCGUCACAGAGGAGUCAGUUUUUAUGAGAUCUCGCCUCACAUUUUUGCCCUGGCGGAUAAUUCAUACCGUGCACUGCGGACUGAGAGAAGAGAUCAGUGUAUUCUGAUUUCAGGAGAGAGUGGUGCUGGAAAGACUGAGGCCUCCAAAAAGAUUCUGCAGUACUACACACACAUCUGUCCCACCCGCAACAACACACACACUAUUAGAGAGAGACUGUUGCAGUCCAACCCAAUACUGGAGGCUUUUGGGAAUGCCAAAACUCUUCGGAAUGACAACUCAAGUCGUUUUGGGAAAUACAUGGACAUUCAGUUUGACUAUAAGGGUGCUCCAAUUGGAGGUCACAUUCUCAACUACCUGCUAGAAAAAUCCCGUGUGGCCCAUCAGAACCAUGGAGAGAGAAACUUCCACAUCUUCUAUCAGCUACUGGAAGGUGGAGAGGAUUCUCUUUUGAAGAGACUUGGUUUGGAGAAAACCAACCCACAACACUAUCAUUACCUAGUUACGGGUAACUGUCCACGGGUGAGUGCCAUCAGUGACAAGAAUGGUUGGAAAGUUGUUAGAAACGCUCUUACCAUCAUUGGCUUUAAUGAGGAUGAGAUACAGGAACUGAUGGAGAUUGUGGCCAGUGUUCUACAUCUGGGUAACACACAGUUUGGUGAGGACGAGGAGGGAGAAACACAAGUCACCACUGAGCCUCAGCUCAGAUAUCUGUCCCAGCUGCUGGGUGUGGAUGGGUCAAUUCUGAAAGAAGCUCUUACUCACAAGAAAAUUUUUGCCAAAGGGGAGGAGAUGAUCAGUCCCUUUAGUUUAGAACAGGCUAUCUCUGCCCGGGACUCAUUGGCCAAAGCCACAUAUGGUCGUGCCUUUACCUGGCUUGUUCAGAAGAUAAACCAAUCGUUGGCCUUUAAGGAUGAGGUCUACUACUCCAGCAAAUGUUCUUCUGUUAUUGGUUUGCUGGACAUAUAUGGAUUUGAGGUCUUUCAACACAACAGUUUUGAACAGUUCUGUAUUAAUUACUGCAAUGAGAAACUGCAGCAGCUGUUUAUUGAGCUCACACUGAAGAGUGAACAGGAGGAGUAUGAGGCUGAGGGAAUCGUGUGGGAGAGAGUGGAAUACUUUAACAACAAAAUCAUCUGUGACCUGGUGGAGGAGAAACAUAGAGGCAUCAUCGCCAUUCUGGAUGAAGAGUGCUUAAGACCAGGAGAUGCCAGUGACAUCAGCUUCCUGGAGAAGCUGGAGGACACACUGGGGACCCACGCCCAUUUUGUCACUCAUAAAACGGCCAAUGGGAAGAUUCGCAAGGCAAUUGGGCGGGAGGAAUUUAGGCUGGUUCACUAUGCUGGAGAGGUCAACUACAAUGUCAGUGGGUUUCUAGACAAAAAUAAUGACCUGCUGUACAGACACUUGAAGGAGGUGAUGUGUCAGUCAAAGAAUCGCAUCAUGAGUCAGUGUUUCCAUGUGGAUGAGUUGAUGGAUCAGAAAAGACCAGAGACGGCUGCCACACAGUUUAAGCUCAGUUUGGCUAAACUAAUGGAGAUUUUGAUGUCUAAGGAACCAGCGUAUGUCCGCUGUAUAAAACCCAAUGAUGCCAAACAGCCAGGUAGGUUUGAUGAGGUUUUGGUCAGGCAUCAGGUGAAGUAUUUGGGUUUGAUGGAGAAUCUGAGAGUGAGGAGAGCUGGAUUCGCAUACAGAAGAAACUACGAGGUGUUCUUAGAGAGGUAUAAGUCUCUGUGUCCAGACACCUGGCCAAACUGGCAUGGAAAACUUUCAGAGGGAGUCGCCACUCUGGUGAAACACCUCAACUACAAACCCGAGGAAUACAAACUGGGCAGGUCCAAAAUCUUUAUCCACUUCCCACGGACUCUGUUUGUGACUGAGGAUGCACUUGAGGCCCAGAAACAAACAAUCGCCGUCACUCUGCAAACUUCUUGGCGGGGCUACAGGGAGCGAGCCAAGUACCAUCGCAUUCGACAAGCAGCAAUUGUUAUCCAGUCAUGGUGGAGAGGGGUCAAAGGUCGCAGGAAAGCCCAGCGUCGUAGACAAGCAGCCAACACAAUACGCAAGUUCAUCAAAGGCUUCAUCCUGUGCAAUGAGCCUCGUUGCCUUGACAAUGAGUACUUCCUUGACCACGUGCGAUUCUCUUUCUUGAUGAAAGUGAAACGGAAUCUGCCAAAGAGUGUGCUCGACAAGAGCUGGCCAAGACCACCGCCUUCACUCACUGAGGCAUCAGAGCACCUUCACAGAAUCUGCAUGCGCAACCUAGUCAAUGACUACAUCAAGAAAAUCCAGCCAGAGUGGAAGAAGCAGUUGGAACAGAAGGUUGUUGCCAGUGCAAUCUUUAGUGGUCAAAAGGACUGCUACCCUCAAAGUGUUCCCAAACUUUUCGUAGCCACCAGGCUAGAGACUGAAGAGAUCAACCUCAAAAUACUGCAAACUCUUGGCAAUGACAACAAGGUGAAGUAUGGUGUAGAUGUCAUUAAGUAUGACCGUCAUGGUUUCCGUGCACGUGUGCGUCAGCUGCUGUUGACCACUUCAGCUGCUGUGCUGGUCCAGGAAGCAAAAAUCAAACAACGCAUCGACUACAGCGCAUUGCUGGGUAUCUCUGUUAGUUCCCUCAGCGACGGGUUCUUAGUUUUGCAUAUUCCCACAGCUGACAGUAAACAGAAGGGUGACCUGGUGCUGCAGUGUGAUCAUGUGAUUGAGACCGUCACCAAGCUGGCCAUCAUGGCAGACAAGAUACACAAUAUCAACAUCAGUCAGGACAGAAUCAGGUUUGCCAUCGCAAGGGGAAAGGAGGCAGUAAUAGAUUUCACCAGUGGUUCAGAUCUGCGAGUGAUCAAGACCAAGAAUGGACACUUGUCUGUGACCACCCCACGAAUGUCAUGAUCAGCCAAUGAGAGCUCACUUGCUGGAGGGGUCAAACAGUGGACAAAUCACUUCACAGGAGUACUUUAGCCAAUCACAACACAGAGCGACACACUACACAGCCAGAUAACAAUUUUUUAUGCUUAAUUUCAAUUCAAAGCCACAUAUCAAUAAUUAGUUUGUAUAUAUAUAUAGUACAUAUAUUGUAAUGACUCUGUAAGCAAUUUCAUAUUUUCUCUCAGCUGGUCAAUCAAAUUAAUUCGUUUUACUUUAUGUUAUAGUAAUUCUAGCUUUAAUUCAAAUAUAUUAAAUUGUUUUUUAUUAUCUAAUUAGCUAGUUAAUCUAGUAAGAUUUAAAAUAACAAAAGCUGUUUUAGUGCUCCACAAAUAGCACCACAAUCUAUUAAAAAGUUUCAACCCUCCAAUUUUUUAAGCAUUUUUGAAUUUUAUAUAUAUAUAUAAAAUAAAGACUUUCGAUAUUCAGUAUUGAAUGCAAUAACCAAUGAGCAUUAUGAAGGCCUGUUGUGCAGAAAGGUUGUUGUUUUGUUUAAUGUUCUCUCUAAAAUAUUGACUAGACACUAGUCUAGUCAAGUGUGUUCUUGGUUUAACUUUGUUGUCUGAAAUAACUUUGUCAUAUACACACACACACACACACACACUGCAACUGCUUCUCAGUACUUUUAUUCAGUGCUCGUGAUACAGAUUGUACAAAACAUACUGUAAUAUUUUUGCAUUGUCUUUAAUUGUUUAUAAAAAAAUAAAUAUUGCAUGAAAAAAACUUGCCACACAUUUCACAUAAAUAAAAUAAAUAUUUUAAUAAAUAAGAAGAGGUGGAAAGUACUGGGGAAGACAACAAAAAAGGGGAUAUAAAGUUAAUCUCUUAUUC